GUGCUCGUCGUGCUCGAUGACGAUCCAACAGGAACGCAAACAUGUCAUGACAUAAAUGUCCUAACAAUGUGGGAUGUUGAUACUUUAACCACGGAAUUUCGCACUGGAUCAAAAGGUUUCUUCGUUUUAACAAACAGUCGUGCCUUAUCGUCUAACGAAGCUCGAGAAUUGCUCAGUGAGAUACUGCGAAACGUCUCAACAGCUGCAUCGUCAACCGGCAAAAAGUUCGAAAUUGUCCUUCGUGGAGAUUCCACUCUGCGAGGCCACUUUUUGGAAGAGAUUGAAUCGCAUAUUGACACCAUUGGCUCACCUGACGCAUGGAUUAUCACCCCCUUUUUUGAGCAAGGUGGACGUGUCACAAUUGAAGAUGUCCACUACGUAAUUGAUAAAGAUGCGCUUGUGCCAGUAGCAAACACGCCGUUUGCCGCGGACAAAACUUUCGGGUUUAAAUCAUCGAAUCUUGUUGAAUACGUGCGCGAGAAAGCUGGGAGACGCUUCUCCGACAAAGACAUUAUCUCCGUCACAUUGGAGGAUAUUCGACAAGGAGGCGUAACAGAAGUAGCCAAGAAGUUACUUGCAGUGCCUAAAGGCGGUGUAGUGAUCCUGAAUGCAGUUCAGGAAGAGGACAUGAACUUGUUUUGCUUGGGCUUGUUGAAAGUGCAGAGCAACCAUAACCGCCGUUUCGGCUAUCGAUCGGGUGCAUCUUUUGUAUCAAGUCGUCUCGGCAUUCCAUGCAAAGAUAUUAUUUUGCCCCAACAAUUACCGACUUUCGAAACCGCUAGCCAACCUGGAGGGCUCAUAGUGGCGGGAUCAUACGUUCCGAAAUCGACGGAACAGCUCCAAUCAUUGACAAAACGUCGUGGCGAAAAGUUGAUGGUGAUCACGGUUGAAGUGCCGGCUCUGUUGACAGAAUCUCAAAAAUACCCUGACAGUUUAACCAUGCUAGAGAAUUCUAUCAGUAUCCGGGCGAUUAUUGAAAAGGUCUCAGCAACACUAAAAGCUGGCAAAGAUGUCUUGGUCAUGACGAGUCGGGAUCUUGUCACGACAGACACCGUGGAGUCAUCAUCUUCUCUGACACCACAAGGGGCGACAAAUCUAGACAUCAAUAACUUGGUCGCAAACUCUCUAGUUCACAUCAUCCGUAACCUGAUUAUUCGUCCUCGAUAUCUCCUCGCUAAAGGAGGCGUGACAUCCUCCGAUGCCGCGACAGCUGGAAUGGGCAUUAAGCGCGCGCGGGUGCUGGGUCAAGCAGCACCAGGAGUACCAAUUUGGUGGUGCGAAAAGGAAGAGGACUUGCGGAGCAUAAGCGAAGGCGGGCGAGAGGUCAAGUGGAUCGAGCUUCCACUAAUUGUUUUCCCAGGAAAUGUGGGAAACGAGGAUACCUUGGCCCAAGUGGUGGAACGAUGG